AGAUCCUGACGGUCCUGCUCAGCACGCACAUGUUCAUCGGAGGCUUCAUCGGAUUCACGUUGGACAAUACCAUUCCGGGAACACGAGCGGAGCGCGGGCUCCUCCAGCAUGACGUCACCAGCGAUACCCCGGAUGUUGACCGUCACUACGGCUUCCCGUGCGGAAAUGACCUUCUGGACAGACUGACCUUCACCAGACACGUGCCCUUCUGUCCGACCUUCAACUCGACCUUGAACACGUGUUGCAGAAAACGGGACAAACCGGCGGAUGGCGCGAGAGAAACGGAUGACAAAGUUACAGUCGAUACAUAUAUGUAAAAUCAAUGAAUUCUGUACCAGAGUUGAGCUGUAACAUGCCCAUGGACUUACCCAAAAUUUCAUAACUAUGCAUAUAUGUAACAAAUGUGAUCACAAAAAAAUCACAUUUUGUGAAAUAUUUUGUAAAUCACAAUAGUUUGAUAUGUAAUAAUUGCAAUUUGCAUGAACAAUACUUUCAUCCACUCGAGCUAUGCUAAACAGGGACGGUAAAUUACAGCUACCUAGCUGAUCCAUGUUGUUGAUAAAACAAGAAACUUUUAUCUUGAAAGAAAUACUGUACUAUAGUCUGCUAAUACUGAAAAUACUUUGUUCUGCAUUUACCAGAUACACACACACA